GUUCAUGGCGCGUUACUGAAAAUGAAGUGUUUAAACCGCCUAAAGAAGAGCAAAGGUGUUUGUUUUGUUGAGCUCAGAUUAUCCCAUACUACACAGUCAAAUGGCCACGCAUUGCUCAAUAAGAAAAACUGAAUCUGGCAUCAAUUCCGACAUUUCUGGUCAGCCCUACAGCGUGUCAGUGCUGAAGGAGGGUUACUGUACGGCUGAAGAUGACGGCGCGUUCAGGGCAGACGGCACUAUUACUUUAAUCACAGGACCAAACACUAUUCUAGUGGACACCGGCGGUCCGUGGGACAGAGACAUUCUCGUGGCUAAACUCGAGGAGAAAGGUUUGACACCAGACAGUGUUGAUAUAGUUGUCGGAACCCACGGUCACUCGGACCACGUGGGAAACUUAGGGUUGUUUCCUGAGGCCAAAAUAAUAGUAGGAUGCGACAUAAGCGUGAGAGAUAAAUAUCUGCCAAACCAGCUGGCGGAAGGACAGCCUUACACUAUAGACAACUUUGUAUCUAUCAUUUCCACGCCUGGUCACAUGGGCAGAGAUGUCAGUGUCCUGGUAAAAGGCACAUCAGAGGGUUCAGUGCUUGUUGCAGGAGACUUGUUUGAACGCUGUCAUGAUGAAGAUUCUUGGAAAGAGCUGAGCGAGAAUCCUCAGAUUCAAGAGGCCAACCGGCAGAUGGCGUUACAGAUGGCUGACGUCAUCAUUCCUGGACACGGGCCAUUAUUUAGAGUUCACAGGGAGUAACAGCAUUGACACAAUCCAGGACCUGAAGUUGAGUAAACUGAACAAUCUUGACCUUAUUGAAGAACACGUUCAUUUAGGUCACCAAUCAGUGUGAUUAUGAUUUAAAAAUAGCUUUUUGUUGAUGACUCUGAGCAUUCACUUCACAUAUUACUCACAAGUAUUUCACAUCCGGCUGUCUGAAGUGACUUCAAAAAGCUAGUGUGCCUGGAAAAUAAAGUGUGUUUCUCACUUUAAACCGAUAUAAUAAGGCCAUUGGA